CGGUUCCUCAGCUGCGUGACAGGGGCGUUUCCUCAGUCGCCGACCGGUCAGUGCGACGAUUGAGCAUGAGGGGAUCUCGAACUGACCCUGUGGAUAUCAGUUCUGAUGGAAGCGCGAACAGUGGCUCUGACGAGAACUCGGACAGCAGCUCAGAUGGAUCUAGUGAUAGUUCCUCUUAUGAAGGAGCGUACAUGAGCUCCGAUGGAGUGGUGGACAUCAGCUCUGAUGAAGGGAAGUACACGAGCUCUGAUGAAGGCGAGUACAGCAGCUCAGAUGAGGGUGUCUACACCAGCUCUGAUGAAGACAUGAACAACAGCUGUGAUGAAGGCGCUCACACCACUACUGCGAAAGGUGUGCAUAGGCGCAUGAAGGAAAAGAAGCCUCGGAUGCUAUGCAUGGACAUCUGUGAUUGCCCUAAACACUACACAGUUGGCUAUAAUCCAAACUUUAAUGCUAAAUGGAUGUAUUCAAAGAAAUUUAAGAUGUCAAUGUGUGCUCGGAAGCGUCUCAAGCAUUAUGUUGAGUCAGUUAUGUGA